GGUACUGAUAUAGAUACAACAUGGUGUCUACCGGUGAUAAAGGUGAUAUUAAAACACCUACGAAAUCGUGUAACCCUACGAUAAGUACACAGAGUACCGUGUACGAAUCGGUGGUAGACAGCACACACACCGCUGAGAGCAAGGAACCCGUAAUAUUCGUGGAUAUUUUUGGGGAUGAAACUAAUACACAGUUGGCCACUUCGUCCAUAGACAGCUCUAGGUCACUGGGACUUGACUCCCAGAAACCCUGUGAGUCGCCAGUAGUGACAUCUCGGCAGCAUAAGAAGAUAACAUUCUCCGAUAGGGUGUUACAUGAGACCAAGAAACUGAAGCAAAGUAUAAGCCGUACAGUAAGUGAAGAUGCAGGCCAUGUUACCGCCAGGGAUGACGUUAGUCCGUCACCCAUCCUGAGGCGUGCCAUCACAGCGGACCACAACGCAUCGCCGCUGUCUAGAGAUGUACACAGGGCAGUUGCCAGCGAGUAUGCACAUGCCGCCAGGUCCAGCUUAAGGAUGAAGUCGAAUGAACAGAUUAUGCAAUGGUUUAGGAAUAGGUACGACUCCAUAGAUGCAGCGUACUCGGGACGCGCAUCAACCAUAGCGGCAUUGGAACAACUUAAAUUGGUAACACGACUAAAUGCCGAAUCGCAAACGGAUGACCACGUCACGUCGGAUGACCUGAAACAUGCAAAUGAACAGGUGGAGUCACUAGAGCAGAAGGCAACGGAACUACAAGCUGAACUUGAUAAAGCAAGGUCUAAUGUAGAGGAACUGGAAAAUGCACUAGCCGUUGAACGGAAGCAUAACGAGGAGCACAUAAAGGAUAAAAUGCUGCUACAGCAGCGUAUCGCAACGUACUCAGAAGAAAGUAAGACUUUGAAUGAAUCCCUGGAUAUAAUAAAGAAUAUGCACAAUAGUGAGAUUGAAGAGCAUGAAAAGAGGAAGGCUGAAUUAAUGUCUAGGAUAACUCAAUUGCAAAAGGAUGUCACACAUAUCAACGACAACCUGUUCUCGUGCUAUAAGGUAGUGGAAAAGCAGAAAACUGAAUAUAACUACCUCAAGCGAGAAAGUGAUGAACUGAAGGAGGAAGUAAAGAAGCUUAGGAGGGACCUACGGAGAAUGUACGAAUGCAACUCCAGCCUCAAAUCGCAAAACAUGUCGCUUAUCGAAAUAAAUAACAGGAUUCGGACUAAAACUUUAUUCAAGGACGAUGGUAGUGCCACAUGCUCCACGAGGGGCUCGGCCACCACGAAGUCGUCCUAUAUCGGAAAUGAUGAAUUCAGCCUGUGUAGCUUCUUUGAUGAUAGGCCUACAACCAUCCCGGAAUACAGCUGUAUGGACAAUGCGUCCGAGCCAAUGAGCUCAAUGACUAAACGUACCUCUACCGAUGAUGUACGGUCGUGUGCCAUAUACAAUAGGUCAAUAUUCGAUGAAGUGAAACCUAAUGUGGACAGUAGCACUGAGCAACCGGAGGUGUAUACUUCAACGGGCGCAUUAACAAACAUGUACACUUUCGGGGAUGUCUCAACUGCCGGUACCUACAGAGUUGACCACUCCACGGUACAUAGUGCCGAUAACUCCACACUCAAUUUAUCGGAGUCACCAGCAGGUAGGAGCCUGGUUCUAGAUGAUCUUUCAGAAGGUUCGAUAUCGGUAAAAAAUAAAAACUGGCUUCUGGAAAAGGUAUCGAGGGUAUCUAAUCGGGAGUCACUAGAGCAUCUACGGGAGAAGAUUAGGCUAUUAGCCUGUGAACGUGACCAAGAAGUUGAUGCUGAGCAAUAAGUACGUGGCAACACAUAGCUAUUUAAAGUGGGAACAUAUACAACAAUUUGCUUUAUAGAC